AUGAAGGCGACAAUUAAUUCUGCAACAUUUUUGGCACUUGCAGCGUUUAUUUUGGUUCAAAACAGUCAAGCGGAGUUUUCAACUGAAGACUGUGCAUCUCUUGGAUUUAUCAAGGCUAACCUAUUAUGUUCAUCUUGUGAUCAAUUGAAAGAUUUUGCGUUAGAUCAACUAAUAGCCCAUUGUAAAGAAUGUUGUCAUCAGGACGAAACAGCUCCGAAGGAGAAAAAGUAUGCUCGAGCCGUUUUAGAGGUUUGUACUUGUAAAUUCCCAGCAUAUCCACAAAUUCAAGCAUUUGUGAAGAGCGACAGGCCAGCAAAAUUUCCUAAUCUACAGAUCAAAUACGUUCGAGGCUUAGACCCUAUUAUUAAACUGAUGGACAAGGAUGGAGUUGUGAAAGAUACUGUUGCUAUUGAGAAGUGGAAUACAGACUCUGUAGAAGAAUUUUUAAACGCGCAUCUUGACAAGGAACAAGAUGAUGAACCUGACUAUUUAAAAACUAAUCAAAUAUAA